AAACGGUAAGAAAUCGAAGGCGUGACCGUUAUGACUUGUAAUAUAAUAUCUGUGUGUGCGCUGAGUAAGUCCUCUGUAAAAUGGCAGAGUGGGAUCAGGUUCGCCACAACUUGUUCUCCAGGGACUCCUCUCUGCAAAAGUUAGCCUUACAGAGGAUAUCGGCUUGGAGGGACAGGUGUCCUAAGGUAUCUUCUGUGGAGAUUGACUGCACGGCAGAUCUGGUUCGCUGCCAGGUGCGUGACCGGUCCGGACCGCUAAACAAGAAAGAGAUGGCGAUGAUGUACGAGAUGGCCUUGGUGAGGUUUGUCAGCCUCAUCACAGAGGGCAAAAAGAGGAGGAAGCCCCGGACGAUGAAGACCGGGGCUAAAAAGCUAAACAUCCCAGAGUGGUUGGUCGAUGUGAGGCACAGGCAAGUUCACCGGAAGACUCCUCCAUCCCUGAAGUCAUUGCUACAGGGAUGUGAGUACUGGGCCAAGUAUAAGGAGACUGACCUCAAGCGGCAGGAAGGUGGCAUAUUAAAUAGAAUCAGAAAGUUUGCCAUGAAGUUCAGUAAUCUGUUUAUUGAUGUGCUGCUGGAGGAUGGAUUUCUGGUUCCUACAGUUGAACAGCUGGAAGAAUUGUGCUGUGACACCUCCUCCAGUGCCAGUCUGAGCCCAGAUUUCCUAAAAGGUUUCUGCGCUUUUGGCUGCCCCUGCUCAAGAUGGUCAGCUCACCAUCAUUUAUUCAAGUCUUCCUCGAGAAGCUCUUCAUGAAGCAGAAGCUGCUCACCAAAGAGCCCAAUGGUCACAGGGCUUUUUACAUCGCGGCCUGGAUUUCAGAGGUCCUCCUGUGCAAUGGGAAGAAAGGUGCCAGGAGCAAGGACAGGUUCUUUAGGAACUGGAUUCAGCUAAAGUGGAUGGACUCAAUAUCGUUGUGCAUAGAUGUCCCCUCCAUCAGCAUGCCUCACCUGCUCCAGUUAAUCCUGGAUGACAUGGAGCACUGAAAUCAAAAUGUAAAAAUAAAAUGUGUUCAGAGAUAUUAGUAAUGUUCAUAGUUGAGGUGGAUCAGUCUUUAAGUUGAUUAUUUCAUGUAACAUAUAUCCCUAUGUUUUUAUGUCUUUUAAUUAUCUUAAUUGUACAGCACAUUGGUUGAUGUGUUAAAUGUGCUAUAAAAAUAAAUUUGACUUUGACAUUUCUGAUUUGAAGAGCCUGUUUUUUUUUAUUUUGAUCAUUUCUGUACAGCUGAUCAGAGUUGAUUUCACCCGAGGUCGUUAACUAAAACAACAAUUUGUUCAAAAGACAAAAUUUUGUGAGAGAUUUAACAAAGUAAAAGGUUUGAUUAUUCUGUUCUCUGUUAAUUCAACUCAGUGUUUACAUGAGUAAACAUAAACUAUGGGGGUGUCCAAAUUCAGAGGCUGCAUCCUCCUGAGGCCACAUUUUUUAUUUUUGUUAUUUUUUAUUUUCAAAAAUACGUAGGACCAUGGUUAGAGAAGUCAAAUAUACCAAAUAUCCACAGAUUCAUCAGCACACUCAGGUAGUGCAGCUGUAAACUGCCGGGCUACUAGCAUGUUUGAAAUACAGAGGUCGCUGUUCAAAACCACUCUGUGGCUCAUCAGCUAAUGGGGUCCUGAGCUGUGCUUAAAGAACCGGUAAAGUGGCUCAAGGAGGAGUUCUGGGCCAGGCAGUUCAGAGGAGAGGAUGAGGAAGCUGACCUCAAGCAGCAGGAGGAUGACAUCCUACAAAAGGUCAAGCAGUUUGGUUUGGAGUCCAGUGAUCUGUUGACUGAUAUGCUGCUGCUAGAUGGAUUUGUGGUUCCUGCAGUGGAGUAGCUUUAGGAACCGCUGAGUUCCUGUGCUUUUGGCUGCCCCAGCUCACCAUCUUCCUCAAGCAGCUCUUUAUGAAACUGAAGCUGCUCACCAAAGAGUCCAAGAGUCACAGGGCUUUCUACAUAUCUGCGUGGACUUCAGAAGUCAUCCUCUGCAACUGCAACAAAUGUGCCAAAAAUAAGGAGAGAAUUUUCACAGACCGCAUCCAGCUGAGGUGGCUACGACUGGUAUCGCUGUGUCUGGAUGCCCCCUGCAUUAGGAUGCCUCACCUGCUCCAGCUGAUCCUGGAUGACAUGGA